UCUUCGGCGACCUUCCCUCUCCGGCUGCCUCCGCCGCCGCCGCCGACUCUCCCUCCUCUCCUCCUGGUUCCUCUGCGCCUUCCGCCCCCACUCUUCCCGCCGCCACCUCUGCCCUUUCCACCAUGGUCGUUCCUCUUGCCGAUCCCUACCUACUCAACUUCCAUCAAGAUCACAUCUCCAACCACAUCACCUUCAAACUUGAUCCCUCUGCCAACAACUACAUCAAGUGGAGGACUUUCUUCAACUGCGUUCUCCAGCAACACCGUGUCCAAGAUCACGUUCUCCAGUCGCCUCCCGCCCAGCCCGAUCCCACCUGGCUUGCCGUCGAUCAACGGCUGAUCCUCUGGAUCCUUUUCACCCUGGCCGACUCCCUUCUUGAGCUCAUCAUGGGGGGCGCCAUCGACGCCUACACCGCCUGGACCUGUAUCCGGGACUACUUCCAAGCCAACCAAGGUGCCCAAUACCUCCAUCUCACUCGUCAGUUCCGUAACCUCAAGCAGGGUGACCUCACGGUCUCGGACUACGCCCGGCGCCUGAAGGCGCUCGCCGACGCCCUCGCGGACACAGACAACCCCGUCAAGGACCACGACCUGACGAUGCAGCUCCUGCACGGCCUCGACGCCCGCUUCGACACCAUCCGCACCAUCCUCGGCGACACCGUUCCACUGCCUCCCUUCGCCGUCACGCGUUCCCGGCUCGACCUCGCGGAGUACAACCUCAAUCUCCGUGCGGCUGAGGCGGGGUCCGCAGCCCUCACCGUCACCGGCGGUCCCAGCACCAACCCUGACCGCGGUGAUCGCGGUGACCGUGGCGACCGCGCUGAUCGCGGCGACCGCGCUCCUCCUCCUGGCCGCGGCACUGGUGGCGCCCGUGGCAACGGUGGUGGCGAUCGUGGCCGUGGCCGUGGUCGCAACGGCGGUCACGGUCGUGGCCGGUCGGACUCUGGCGGCCGUGAGUCCUCGUCUUACCCACCGUCGCCGUGGACCGGCUAUUUUGCUCCGUUCGGCAUGGCGUUGCCGGCUCCCCGCCCCGGCUGGGUCCCUCCCAACGCUGCUGGUGUCCUCGGCCCGCGCCCGGGGGUUCAUUCCCAGGCCUACCCGCUGAUGUACUCUGGCGCACCCCCUCAGCAGCCGGGCCCUUCCACCUUCCCUCUGGGCGCUCCUGGCUGGGAUCAUGCCGCCCUUCUUCAUCAAGCCUACAGCCAACAGGGUCUGCCCCAACACGGUGCGGACUGGAUCCUCGACUCCGGCGCCGCCACACACGUCACGGGUAACACAGGCUCUUCCAACCAGGACGCCCAUCAUGACGUCCAGUAGCCCAGGCCCUCUCUACCCAUUCUAUGGCAACCACACUCCGGGCGGCACCGUGUUCUUCAUCACUUCCGGCGAUCUGUGGCACCAACGUCUUGGACAUCCUGGCAAGGCGUCCUUAGCAUCUAUUUCUAAAGAUUUUCUUCCCGAUUGUAAUAAUGCUGCACGAUCCCCUUGGACGGCUUGUCAACUCGGACGGCAGCCUCGUUUAUCUUUUACUUCUUCCAAUAAUUGUACUAGUGCUCCAUUUCAACUUAUUCACUGUGAUCUCUGGACUGCUCCGGUUACAAG